AUGGAUAGUCCUUCGAAGCGUCGUAAGAAGAACGAUGGAUCAAGCAAACCGGUGCGCAAACUUGACUUCUUUUUCGCCAAACAGACCGCCAAAGCCGCCGCGGCAAACGAUGCGCCGCCGAGCGAGACCACGGAACCGAAGGCGCCGGAAGCAGUAGACCCAACAAACCUCACGGAUGAGGAGUAUGCCAGGAAGCUGCAGGAAGAAUGGGACCGAGAGGCUCGAGCGGAAGGCCAGGGCGCAGCGCAACCGCGGAAAGAAGAGGAUCUGUUCAGUUCGAAUGAACUCUACAGAGAUCCCAGUCCGCCUACAAGGACCGCUGUAAAUCGCAGUACCGAAGACAAGAGCAACACCGUCACUGAUGGGGUGUCAACAUCCAUCAUAGGAUCUGCAGCGCCAAAGCUACAGUCGAAUACGCUGUCGUUGCAAUCAACCGCGACCGAAGAAGACACUGUAACCGCAAACAUUCCGUUCGACCAGAGUCCGCUCGAAUUUGAGCCUUCGAAAUACAUACCAGAUCUGCGGAAACACUGGACUGCUGAUGGCGGACGUGCCACAUAUGCGCUGCUGACGAGAUGCUUCAUCUUGGUCAACAGCACCACAAGUCGUAUCAAGAUUGUGGACACGCUUGUCAACCUGCUGCGCACAAUAAUAGAGAGUGACCCCGAUAGUCUGCUGCCCGCAGUAUGGCUGGCUACAAACUCGAUUUCGCCGCCAUAUAUCGAUCUUGAACUCGGUCUGGGCGGUUCGGCAAUCUCCAAGGCGCUGAAGAAGGUGUGUGGACUGGACAAUGCCGGGUUGAAGACACUCAGCAACAAGUACGGCGACGCCGGAGAUGUGGCGUUUGAGGCGAAGAAGCGUCAGUCGUUCACACUCCGCAAGCCGAAGCCGCUCACGAUCAAGAGCGUGUUCGACUCUCUAGUCAAGAUCGCCAACAGCAAGGGGAACGGCAGCGUUGAAGCGAAGCAGAGAAUCGUAGAGAGGCUAAUACAAGACGCACGAGGCGCUGAAGAGAGUCGGUACAUCGUCAGGACGCUAGUGCAGCAUCUGAGGAUAGGCGCUGUGAAGACGACUAUGCUAAUCGCGCUAUCACGCGCGUUCCUGCUAUCGAAGCCGCCAAACGCCGACUUCGAAACACGAGAUCCGAAAGAUCUGGCGAAGCUCAAGAAGGAGGACCUGGUCGAUAUCUACAGCCGGAAUGAAGAGAUUGUCAAGGCAUGCUUCGCCAGAAGACCGAACUAUAACGACAUCAUACCAGCGCUGUUGGAGAUCGGCGUGGGUGAAGAGCUGCUCCUGCGGUGCGGGCUGGCUCUGCACAUACCGCUCAGACCCAUGCUGGGCAGCAUUACACGCGACCUGGGCGAGAUGCUGACCAAGCUACAAGGGCGCGACUUCAGCUGCGAGUACAAGUACGACGGGCAGCGAGCGCAGGUGCACUGCGACGACAAAGGCAAGGUCACCAUCUUCUCGCGACAUCUCGAAGUCAUGACAGACAAGUACCCAGAUCUCGUCGCCCUGGUGCCCCAAAUCAGAGGCGAGGGCGUGUCCAGCUUCAUCCUCGAGGGCGAAGUCGUAGCAGUAGACCGCUCGUCCGGUGAGCUGAAGACGUUCCAAACGCUCGCCAACCGCGCCCGCAAAGACGUCCUGAUCGGCACCGUCACAAUCGACGUCUGCCUCUUCGCCUUCGACCUGAUGUACCUGAACGGCGAAGAACUCCUCAACCGUCCCUUCCGCGAACGGCGCGAUAUGCUGCGCAGCCUCUUCGUCGAGAUCCCACACACCUUCACAUGGGUCACGAGCCUGGACGCGACAUCCGCCGACACCGAGACGGUGUCAGCCUUCUUCAAGAGCGCACUGGAGCUGAAAUGCGAAGGCAUAAUGGUCAAAGUACUCGACAACCUGCCAAACCCUGAUCUGCUCGACGAGCUGCACCCCGACGACGCGCCCUCGCUCCCCCCAACGCCUAAGAAAAAAAAUCCCACAAAACCCAAAGGCAAAAAGCACACCGCCACCCCAGACGCAGACGCAGACGAGCCCAAGAAGUCCGGCCGCCGCAAAGCGCUCCCCGCGACGUACGAGCCGGACAAGCGACUCGACGCGUGGCUCAAAGUGAAAAAGGACUACUCCACCACCUCUGAAACGCUCGAUCUGAUCCCUGUCGCGGCCUUCCACGGCAGCGGCCGCAAAGCAGCAUGGUGGUCGCCCAUCCUGCUCGCGAUCCGCAACGAGCGCAGUGGCACCCUGACGGCCGUGACAAAGUGCAUGUCGGGCUUCACCGACGCCUUUUACGCCGCGAACCGCGCGAAAUACGAUCCGGACGAUGCGGACAACGCCAACGUGCUGCGCGGCGGCAAGCCGCAUUUCGUCGAGUACGGCGGCGGCGCCGGGUGGCCCGCGGUGUGGUUCGAGCCGCACGAGGUGUGGGAGGUGGCGUUUGCGGAUCUGACGCUCAGCCCGACGUACACGGCGGCGAUUGGGCUCGUGCAUGAGGACCGCGGGCUGAGCACGCGGUUUCCGCGGUUCCUGCGCGUCAGAGACGACAAGGGGAUUGAGGAGGCGACCGAGGCGGAGGAGCUGGCGGAGCUGUAUAGAAAGCAGGAGGCGAGGCCGAAGGCGGAGGAGGCCAAGGAAGCAGAAGGCGAGGACGUUCAGUAA